UGUUUGCCAACCGCCAAAACCCAGUUAAAGCAGUAGACGAAGAAGAAGAAUAAGAAGAAGUCAUCACUCAGAGCAGCCAGUGCCGUGGCAGAGAGGACCGGGGCGCCCUCACACAUUUCCUUUUUCCACCAAAAAAUGGGAAACCUGCCGGCCUCCAUAAGCCUCUUCAAGACUACCCCCACAUCAGAACAAGUCAGUGAUGGGAGGUUCAUCGCCAAGAGGAUCAGCAGUCGCAUAACGUACUAUUACACUCCGGUCUCAGCAGCAGAAGACAAAACAUUAUGUGCUGCCAAAGAAUCUCAAACAUCCACUGAUCUUCGCCACAUCCGCCCCCCAUUAUCCUCAUCUCAGCCCCUCAGUGAUGACUCCUCUUCCUCUCCGUAUCUCUCAGAUUCGCCUUCACACACAGCUGCCUCCCCCCAACACCAAUCAGAUUCUGUCUCUGCUGCUCGUCCCCUUCUUGUUUUCUUCUCCUGGCUCGGUGCACAGCCAGGGGCAGUUGCCAAGUACAGGGACCUUUACCUGGACCGCGGCAUGGAUGUCCUCUGGGUCCAGAGCAACAUAAUGCACUUCCUGUGGCCUCGAUGGGGGCUCAGCUACGGCUUGGAGGUUUUAAAGGUUUUAGAGGAGCCUCGGUUUUCAGGGAGGGCGGUGCUGGUGCACGCCUCCUCCAUCGGUGGCUACUCCUUCACCCAGAUACUCAGCCACAUUGCUCGGCGACAGAAACAACAUGCAGAACUGGCACAGAGGGUGAUAGGGCAAAUCUAUGACAGCUUGGUGGCUGGCAGCCUGGAGCACAUGGCGAUAGGCCUUGGCAGGACCCUGCUUCCUCGUUUUGAGCGCUUCAUCAAAAACACUGCCAUGGUUUACUUCUGGAUCUUCAAAACCCAGACAGCAGACCUCUACGACGCCGGCAUCCAUCUGUUCACCAACAGCCCAAUCACUGCGCCGGCCCUCUUCUUCUCCAGCGUCAACGACGUCAUGUGCGACCAGGCUGUCAUGGACAAGAUUAUUGACCGCUGGAGGAGGAGGGGCCUGACUGUGGUGUGCAAGAAGUGGAAGGAGUCGACACACGCAGCACACAUGCGAUGCCACCCGGAGGACUACCUAUGUACCCUGGAGAAAUACCUGAACUCGCUGCCUGUUUGCUCCCUCAGAGCAAAAAUGUAAAUUGUUGAGGUCUGAAACUGUAAAUAGUCUUUAUGAUUUAAAAAAGAAUGCACCUUGAUAGUUUUAUUUUGCUGCUUUGGCAUUAUUAACAGGGUAAACAUGACAAAGACUUAUCCUAACCCUCUUUUAAGGACUCUUAAUUGUUUGACUUUGUUGAAAUUGUAUGCAUUAUUUAAAAAAAAGGAAAAAAAAAAGUUAUAUUUAUGUUAUCUGCUGCUUGAUUUACACGAAAGCUGUUUCUGAACUGUUACUGCACUCGAUCCAGAGAUCUGGAAACUGCACAUCAUGUGUAAUAAAACUGUUUGUAGCUCGUU